CUGGCGCCCUCCCCGGCAGCCCAAGUUCCGCAGGGUUUGAAUGCAGCCCCCUGCAAGAUGGCGGGCAGGCGAGGAGCUUGGUAUGUGCCUUGUCUAGCUUCACUUGAGACCAUCCAGGAAUUAUGUAGGAAGGAAAAUCUCACAUGUAAAUCCCUUGGAAUCACCAACAGGAAUCUAAAGAGUUAUGAGGUGGAAUAUUUAUGUGACUACAAGGUAGAAGAGGGCACAGAGUACUUCCUUGUGAAAUGGAAAGGAUGGCCAGAAUCCUCAAAUACCUGGGUACCUUUGAAAAAUCUUAAAUGCCCAUUGCUCCUUCAGUACUUCCAUAGUGAUAAGAAUGAAUAUUUAUCUCAGCUGAAACGAGGCAAAGCAGUAAUAUUGAAAAACCAUAUUAAAGCUUUGAACCCUGUAGUAGCACAGUACAUAGUAAAGAAGGCUAAACAAAGAAUAGCUCUACAGAGAUGGAAGGAAGAACUCAACCGGAAAAAGAACCAUAAAGGAAUGAUUCUUGUAGAAAACACUGUGGAUCUUGAGGGCCCUCCUUUAGACUUUUACUACAUUAAUGAAUAUAAACCUGCUCCAGGAAUAAAUGUAAUGAAUGGAAUUACAACCGGCUGUGAAUGCUCUGAUUGCCCUGCUGAGAAGUGUUGUCCAGAAGAGGCUGGAUUUUUCUUGGCUUACAAUAAACAAAAGCAGUUAAAAAUCCAACCAGGCUUGCCUAUCUAUGAAUGCAACUCAUACUGUAGAUGUGGUCCUGAAUGCCCUAACAGGAUAGUACAGAAAGGCACACCGUAUUCUCUUUGCAUCUUCAGAACUAACAACGGACGUGGCUGGGGAGUAAAAACCCUCCAGAAAAUUAAAACAAAGAGAUUUGUGAUGGAGUAUGUUGGAGAGGUGAUCACAAAUGAGGAAGCAGAGAGACGAGGUCAACUGUACGACAACCAAGGAAAUACAUACUUGUUUGACCUGGACUAUGACUCGGAUGAAUAUACAGUGGAUGCAGCUCGAUAUGGAAAUGUGUCUCAUUUUGUGAAUCACAGCUGUGAUCCAAAUCUUCAGGUCUUCAAUGUUUUCAUUGAUAACCUUGAUCUACGUCUUCCUCGGAUAGCACUCUUUUCUACAAGAACCAUCAAGGCUGGAGAAGAGCUCACCUUUGAUUAUCAGAUGAAAGGUUCUCUAGAUGUGACUUCAGACUCUGAUGCUGUCAGCCCAACGAGAAAGAGGAUCAGAACUGUGUGCAAGUGUGGAGCUGUGUGUUGCAGAGGGUAUCUCAACUGAAUUCUCAAUAGCCAAAGUUGCACAUAAAUUAUUUCGUUUUGGGGUUUUUUAAAUGUAUUUUAAGACUGCUGUUCUAGUUCACUUAUUCUUAUGAACUGAAGUAUUUUUACAU